AUGGCGAGCCUUUUGCAUACCUACGGCCCAAGCUGCCUGCUGGCGGAGGAUGAGCCAGACUUCUCGAGCUUGUAUUCGCUGCCAACCCCGCCCGAUGUACGAGCGCAAUUCUUCUACGUUUCUUCCCUGCCAAUCGACGACCCGUUAGCUCCGUUGCCCACGGCGAGUGGGCAAGCAACUGGCAAUGAGCGGACACCGCCGACUCCGUUCUCAGCCCGGGAUAAUUUAGCUUUGGAGAGUGCUUGGUUGGAGCUAGGAAAAAAUCGCCCAAGAGCUGCCCCGAGUGGAUCUCGUCCAGAAACUGCAAGAGAUCAGGUCGGCAUCGCAGUUCCUGGACAGGUGACUUUUGCGGCCGAUUCUCGUCGCAAAUUGGUGACUCGGGAGGAUGUGAGCCAACAGAGCAGUGUAGCCUCGACAAGCAACCAGGCGUCUCUGCCAGGGGAGCACAGUUCACGAGGCUCCAAAGAUAGUCUGACAGACAAAGAGCAUGCUAGGUCUUCUUUCGAGGGUGCCUCAACGCGUGACAGCACUAGUAGUGAUAUCCGCCGCAAGAGGGAAACUUCGAUAUCACUAACUGGGGCUCAACCUUCCAAGCGCAGGAAUUCACUCCAAGACGACGACGAGGCCUUGGUUGAGUCCAGCAGUCCAAGAACCAACCGAUCUCGCGACGUGAGUAUCAGCGGCUCUCCCUUCGCUCGAACGUCGACUCCCCAACCGGAAAGCCCUCUUGGUCGCUCAAUUGAGUCGUUUCAUGCGAAGGAUGGAAGCAAAGAGUGGGAGGCGGAAGUGCGCACUAGCACGCCGAAUAAAACCACUUCGAAGCCUUCGGGAUUACGAACUACUGUGAAUGUGGAGGAAACCGAAGCAGAGAGCACUACCGGGGAAGGUUCUUCUAAAGAAGCGGAGGCGAAAAUUGUUGUGGGUGCGUCCCGGCUUCAUUCGGUUGAGCUGCCAGGCUUACAGAUGAAACCUAUUUAUUGGAGCCCUUUGCAUGACAUUUCCGACGUCAUCCGUGCGACUUGGUUCUAUAAGAACACCAUGCUUCCAGUGGAGACAGCCGUGGCUAAUAAACUAGAAGAAGGAUACGUUGAAUUGAAGCCAUGGACGGAUACCUGGCAGGAUGAGUUGAAUAGUUGCGUGGAGAAUGGAGCCGAGGCCGAGACAAAAAUUGUCCAUAAACUAUGGCCGAAAGCUGAACCGGGUUCUGCAAAUCCACCAGGCACCGCGCAAAGCUCGAUUGAUGCCAAUAAACGGCCAGACGAAACUCAAGACCGACUGGAGUUUGACAAGAACCAGGCCGCUGGGGGCGCAGCGCAUGCUGAUGUCAAGCCACAUAUGACAUCUAGUGUGAUCUACGUGGAUGCAAAGAAUGCGCAGAUUCUGCGGCCGAGUCUGCUACCGUCCGUUUCAAGGAACCGACGACCCCUCGGUGCUAUCCGCAAGCACCGCCAGAUUGGCAUCCCUGUGGUGCGAGGGUUUAGCAGAAAGGUUUGGGAGCGGCUCCACCCUUCAAAGCCCAAUCCUGUUGAUGUGCGCCAGUACAUCCGCAGAGCCCAGUCUCAAGACUUUGCCGCUGCCCCUGGCGAACAAAUAUGCUAUGCCUGCAGGAUGGAGGAGCAACGCCCGAGUCCAACCGACCUAGUUUUUGUCAUACACGGUAUCGGCCAGAAAUUGUCAGAGCGUAUGGAAAGCUUCCAUUUCACGCAUGCCAUCAACGAGUUCCGUCGACAGGUCAACGUGGAGACAUUCAAUGAGCCUGUUUGGCCGCAUAUUCGGCCCGACCAUGGCGGAAUAAUGGUUUUGCCUGUUAAUUGGCGAGCAACUCUGUCUCUCGAAGACCAGAUAUCAGAAGGGGCCAAUUCUGAUGACCCUUUUGCAAAUGACUACUCUCUAAAUGACAUCACACCAGAGACGCUCCCUGCCGUGCGGUCUCUCGUCAGCGAUGUUAUGCUCGAUAUUCCCUAUUAUUUGUCCCACCACAAGCCUAAGAUGAUCAAGGCCGUCGUGCGAGAGGCCAAUCGAAUCUAUCGUCUUUGGUGCCACAAUAAUGCCGGCUUUCAGGAUAAAGGCCGCGUACAUCUUCUCGCUCAUUCUCUCGGAAGUGUCAUGGCUCUGGAUAUUCUCAGCCAGCAGCCAACCACAGUCCCGCACUUCGACUUCUUCGAUACCCCUUUGCAUAGCGACAUUUUCGAAUUUGAUACCCGCAAUCUGUUCCUCUGUGGGAGUCCCGUUGGAUUCUUCCUCUUGCUUAACAAAGCGAAUCUCCUUCCCCGCAAGGGCAGAUCCAAAGCAGGCGCCGGUGGCGACGAUCUCCUUCGCGGCGUAGCCGGCGAAGCAGGUCAAUAUGGCUGCAUUGCAGUGGACAACCUGUAUAAUAUCCUCCAUACAACAGACCGUAAGCCACCUCCGCUUAACAUAAACCUUGAAUCAGAAGCUAACUUAGAACCAAAAAAAAAAGCAAUUGCAUACCGUGUCAACGCAGCCGUAGAUAAAGACCUUGCCAACUCGCUCAAGAACGGCACAAUCCCCAGCUCAACGCCCUCCUGGGCCGAGUCUUUCAGCAGUGUCUUCCGCUGGAAUACCAUGCCAACCUUCACGACCUCCGCCCCGACACGCCCCUCCGCCAUGGCUAAACUCCCCUCCAACGUCGAAAUGGAGACCCACGAUUUCACCCGCGAAGAGAUCGCCGAAAAGCGCAUGCUCUGUCUCAAUGAUAACGGGCAGAUCGAUUACUAUCUUUCUGGUGGUGUCGGUCCACUCAGCAUCCAGUAUCUGAAUAUGCUGAGCGCGCAUAGUAGUUACUGGACGUUGACUGAUUUCGUGCGGUUCUUUGUCGUGGAGAUUGCGCGGAGGCAGGGGCGGGAUGGGACGUUGGUAGCGUUUCGGGCGGAGAAGAAGAAGGGUUAUAAGUACUCUAAGGGGGGCUGA